CGGUGCGCAGGUUCCCGGAAGUGGUGGCGCCCAGGGUCAGUGUGCCGCUCUGCUUCCGUGGUGGGCUUAGGGUCUAUCCUUCCUGGGCGCUAUGAGCUCCUUCCAGGGACAGAUGGCGGAAUAUCCAACCAUCUCUAUUGACCGCUUUGACAGGGAGAACCUGAAAGCCCGCGCCUACUUCCUUUCGCACUGCCACAAGGAUCACAUGAAAGGAUUAAGGGCUCCUUCCUUGAAAAGAAGGCUGGAAUGCAGCUUGAAGGUUUUCCUGUACUGUUCUCCAGUUACCAAGGAGCUGUUGUUAACUAGUCCGAAAUACAGAUUUUGGGAAAAACGAGUUAGAGCCAUUGAAAUUGAAACGCCUACCCAGAUAGCUUUAGUUGACGAGGCAUCGGGUGAGAAGGAAGAGGUUGUCGUGACUCUCUUACCGGCUGGUCACUGCCCAGGAUCAGUUAUGUUUUUAUUUCAGGGCAGAAAUGGAACUGUCUUAUACACAGGAGACUUCAGACUGGCAAAAGGAGAAGCUUCCAGAAUGGAGCUUCUGCACUCUGGGGGCAGAGUAAAAGACAUCCAAAGUGUAUAUUUGGACACCACAUUCUGUGACCCAAGGUUUUAUCAAAUUCCAAGUCGUGAGGAGUGCUUGAGGGGAAUUUUGGAGCUGGUUCGCAGCUGGAUCACUAGGAGCCCACACCACGUUGUGUGGCUGAACUGUAAAGCAGCUUAUGGCUAUGAGUAUUUGUUUACCAACCUGAGUGAGGAGCUGGGAGUCCAGGUUCACGUGGACAAGAUGGACAUGUUUAGAAACAUGCCUAAUAUCCUCCACCAUCUCACCACGGACCGAAACACCCAGAUCCAUGCCUGCCGCCACCCGAAGGCAGAAGAGUAUUUUCAAUGGAAUAAAUUACCCUGUGGGAUUACUUCCCAAAAUAAAACUGUGCUCCACACAAUCAGCAUCAAGCCAUCCACCAUGUGGUUCGGAGAGAGAACCAGAAAAACAAACGUGAUAGUGAGGACGGGAGAGAGCUCAUACAGAGCUUGUUUUUCUUUUCACUCUUCCUACAGUGAGAUUAAAGAUUUUUUGAGCUACAUCUGUCCAGCAAAUGCAUAUCCAAAUGUCAUUCCAGUAGGCCUCACCGUGGAUAAGGUCAUGGACGUUUUAAAGCCUCUGUGCCGAUCUUCCCAAAGUGCUGAACCAAAAUACAAACCACUUGGAAAAUUGAAGAGAACCAGAACAAUCCAUCUAGACUCAGAGGAGGAAGAUGAUCUCUUUGAUGACCCUCUACCAACACUGUUAAGGCACAAAGUUCCAUACCAGCUAACUCUUCACCCUGAGGUAUUUUCAAUGAAGGCACUGCCACAAGGCCAGUCUGAACUGAGACAGAGCCCUGGAUGCUACACAGCAGACAAUGUGCAGAAUGUUUCUCUGGCCAACUUUGUAGACUGUGAAGAAUCUAACAGUGACAGUGAAGAAGAGCUGGAAACCCUACCUUCACUGCAGGGAGGUCUGGGCCCUGUGACACUCCCCCAGCAACAUGCUGAUGCAGACACACCACAGUGGGAAGUAUUCUUCAAAAGAAAAGAUGACAUCACAGAUGAUGAGUGUUUGGAAAACUUACCUUCCUCUAUAGAGACAGGGGGAUCUCAGUCACCAAAGCUUUUCAGUGACUCACCAAAGCUUUUCAGUGACUCACCAAAGCUUUUCAGUGACUCUGAUGGAGAAUCCACUCACAUCUCUUCCCAGAAUUCAUCUCAGUCAACACACAUAACAGAUCAAGGAAGUCAAGGCUGGGACAGCCAGUGUGAUACUGUCUUGUUAUCUUCCCAAGAGAGAAGUGGUGGGGAUAGUCCAUCUUUGAACAAGGGUGCCUACAGACCAAAAAGCAGAGAGAAUAUUUCUGCCUCUCAAAUGGAACAGAAUGCACUUUGUCCACAGGAUACUUACUGUGAUUUGAAAAGCAGAGAUGAAGUAAAUGGAGAUCCUCACACUGGAGAACCAGACAUUGUGAGUGGCAGGAAAUCCCCACCUGAGAAAACAUUACUAACUAGCACACAUGCGGAUUCGCAGAGCUCCUCUGAUUUUGAAAUCCCCUCAACUCCAGAGGCUGAGCUUCCUAAACCAGAGCAUUUACAGUAUUUAUAUGGAAAAUUGGCAACAGGUCAGAGUAUAGUUGUUGAAAAAAGGAAAUGAUCACUCUUAGACAUUUAAGAAUUAAAACCCUCAUUCUAGCAAGAAUGUGCAAUCUUUUGUUGGUGCAACAGUGUCAUACACAAAUGUUCUGGGCAACAUUCACAGCUGUGGAUAUAUAUAUAUGGUUUGCAGGUUAGACACACCUGUUAGAGCAACCACUAAAACUACACAAGGUGAUACAUCAGUAUAACAACAGAUCAAAGUGGAAUACUAAAGAAUACUCAAAUGACCUAAAAGAGAAACAGGGUCAAAACCAGUGUUGCAUGAGAUGGUAGAGCUAAAUCUGAACACAUUACUAAUCACAUUAAGUCCAAAUGAUGUCAAGACAUUCAUAAAACGAGAGCCUCGGGGAAAAACAUAACUCAACUGUGUCCUGUUUACAGAAAAUACAAUUCAAGUGAUAGGAAGUUGAAGUAAAAGGACAACGUAAAUAUGUUACGAAAGCCAGAGAGGCUAUAGUAAGAGCAGAUACUAUCCUGGACAAAGUGUCUAACUCACCAAGAUGGAAUGGUAGAGUUUUUGCCUAGCAUGUAUGAAGCCCAAAUGUUCAAUCCCCAGUACUGUCCUCCACAAGAGACCAGAUAAUACACAAAUAAAAAAUUUUUUAACAUGCUUCUCUUAGAGAAAGAGUAUAUAGACAGAAAAUCAGUAAGACAAAAACGGACCACCACCAGGCAACUGGAUCUGAUAAACAAGAGUAUUUUACUUCACAGCAGAAUACAUCUCUUCAAGUAAAAGCAGACCAUUCCACCAAGAUCCACUGUAUGCUGAGUCAUGACAAGCAGGCUAGAAGAGUAACGGUGGCUCUAUUAAAGUAAAUGGACAGCACGGGGAACCUCAAAAGAUAUUAUAUCACAUAAAGACCUGGGCAGGGCUGGGGAGAUGGCUCAGCAGUUUAGAGCACUUGCUGAUUUUUGUAGAGGACCCAGGCUUGAUUUCCAACACCUACAUGGUGGCUCAUUACUGUCUGUAACUCCAUUCCGGGGGAUCCAGGCACACGUGCGGUGCGUAUACAUACAGGCAGGCUAAACAGACAUAAAACAAAAAUCUUAAAAACCACCAAGAGGCUAGGGAAGGCUGUGUUCUAACUACUUUAGAGGCUUAGACAGGAAGGACUUGAGUUGGAGGUCAAGACUGGGCAACUUAGCAAGAACUUGUUUCAAUAAAUAAAAAUUUCGCCAAUAUAAUGAUAAAUUGAAACUACAACAAUUAGAAUAUAAAGGAAAACACUUAGAAUGGUUAACAUAUAAGCUCUGUCAAUUGUCAAAUUGCCUUAAAGUACAAUGCUUUUGUAUUGAUGUGUAUGGAUUUAAUAAAGCUUUAUAAACAUC